UGAUAUGUUACGUCAUUCAAAACAAACGCCCCCCUCUCCAAAGAGACUGGACGUAUGCGAAGAUGCUACGCGGGCGGGGCUAAGAGCAACGGUGUCCACUCGGUUUAUUGGUCAGGCUGUUGGACUCCAACUAGUGCAUCAUCUUUUUUUUGUACAUCUCACGUUCCGUGUUUGCUCUAUCCUAACGAAAGACUUACUCUUUUUCAUAAAACAUACAAAUAAUCAAGUGUUGCCUGCCUAAGAUGGCUAUGGUAAAGAGUGGUUGGCUCCAUCGACAAAGUACCAUACUGCAUCGGUGGAAAAGAAACUGGUUUGAUUUGUGGGUUGAUGGAUGGCUUGUGUUCUAUAAUAAUCAGCAACGGCGUGACAUGGAGGAUGACAUCGACAUGAGGGACGACUGCAUUGACAUCCGCAACUUUUAUGCAUGUCAAGAGCUGAACCCUCCGGAGGGGAAGAUGCGUGAUGCCUUCCUUCAGAUAGUGUGCAGAGAUGGACGGGUCAUCAGCCUGUGUGCAGACAGCGCAUAUGAUGCUCUGGCAUGGACCAUGGUACUUCAGGAUGCCAGAAUUAAUGCGGUGGUCGCUACACCUCAGAUCGGCUUUGCACAAGAAGUGAUAGCAUCUGAUCCUCCCCCCUACUCAGAAUAUGCUCCACCACCUCAGUUAAAAGGCAUAAACAGUAUGCAUAUGAAUUUGUUGCAUUUCAGGCUACAACGCUCUUCUUUACCUCAAUACAUUUGUCAAACAUUGUUUUAUUAUGUACAAUAUGAUUAUACUGCCUUCAUACUUUGCGCUGCUGUACUGUAUAUAUUCUACUACACAAUUUGGCUUGGUCUGACAAGAUCCUUUUUGAAGGAAAAUCUAAUGAAAACAACACACAAGUAAGUUGAUGUCUGCUACCAUCUACUGGUGUAGUAAUGGAAGUGUUGAAAAGCUCCACUAAGCACUAUUAUUGAAAUCAACACUGAAUCGAAUGACUC